UUUAGGUACCUGCGAUCCGAUCCGAAUGUACAAUUCGGAAUCUUUCCUUCCAAUCCUACUCUUACUAACCAAUUUCCUCUUCUUUUCCAAUGCGGAUUCGGGUCGGAAAUGCUCCAAUACGAGCUCCCUAAUCGGGUUCGAAUCGAACUUCACGAUGGUCCAGCACCAACUCCGAGGCCAUCUCAAAAUUCUCGACGACUGCUCUUUUCAAGUCACCCGAUUCGACAUAUUAUCUGGGUCAGCCGACGUCGUUUUCUGGGGCGCCGUCUCCCUCGAUUUCUCUAACCUCACCCGUGGGUUCCCCAUCUCCGAUCACCGUCUCAACCAAACAACUUACAAAAACGCGUCAUUUUCGCUCCAAUUACUCUCCAAUCUCACUUGGAGCCAGAUCAACGUUCUCUCCGUUUGGGACCGCAUAACCAACUCAGACUUCGGCCACGUCACCCUCCCCCUCAACGGGUCGGAUUCAGAACCGGUUCGGGUACACACAAUGUUGGAUAACUGCAAGAGCUUGUCGGAUAAUUAUAGGGUUAGGUGGAGUUUGAAUGUGGAGGAAAAUUGGAUCGAGAUCGGGUUAGAAGCGGCGACGGGAAUGAUGAAUUACAUGGCUUUUGGAUGGGCGAAUCCGAAUAGGACGACGGAGCUAAUGUCGGGAGCUGACGUCGCAGUGGCGGGUUUCACCGAGGAAGGCAGGCCGUUUGUUGAUGAUUUUUACAUUACGACAUAUAGUGAAUGCAUGUUGAAUGCUACGGAUGGCUCAGCAAUAGGUGUUUGUCCUGAUGUAGUAUAUGAGAACUCAGAGAAUGACAUGUUGGUAAAUAAUACUAGGUUGAUUUAUGGGCAUAGGAGAGAUGGGGUUUCUUUUGUUAGGUUUAGGAAACCAUUGAAAUCGCCUGAUGAGAAAUACGAUUUGCCUGUGAAUCCUACAGAGGAAAUGACGGUUAUUUGGGCAUUAGGGUUGAUGAAACCACCAGAUAGUAUUCGGCCUAAUUAUUUGCCCCAAAAUCAUGGGGGUCCGAGGAGGGUUACCUAUGGACAUUUGGUGCUUAAUGUCUCAGAGAAGGUUGAUGAUUGUCUAGGGCCAUUGGAUGCUGAUGAUAAGGAGGAUCAAGAUUUGAUUAUUGCUGAUGCAAAUGUUCCACUCAUUGUUACAGCAGGGGAGGCAUUGCAUUAUCCGAAUCCGCCAAAUCCGACUAAGGUUUUGUAUAUUAAUAAGAAGGAAGCUCCUGUGCUGAGAGUGGAAAGAGGGGUGCCGGUGAAGUUUUCAGUACAGGCAGGGCAUGAUGUUGCAUUAUAUAUUACUUCAGAUUCUCUAGGUGGGAAUGCGACAUCGAGGAAUGCAACUGAGACUAUUUAUGCUGGAGGGCCAGAAGCAGAAGGAGUUUUAGCAAGCCCUUUUGAAUUGGUUUGGGCUCCUGAUAGGAAUACCCCAGAUCAAGUGUAUUAUCAGUCAUUAUACCAACAGAAGAUGGGGUGGAGAGUUCAAGUUGUUGAUGGUGGUCUAUCUGAUAUGUAUAAUAGCAGUGUGUUUUUAGAUGAUCAACAAGUUACUUUCUUUUGGACAUUGUCUGAGGAUUUGAUAUCUAUUGCUGCCCGUGGUGUAAAGAAGAGUGGCUAUCUUGCAAUAGGUUUUGGUAGUGGGAUGGUCAAUAGCUAUGCUUAUGUGGGCUGGAUUGACAAUAUUGGAAAAGGGCGUGUAAAUACAUAUUGGAUUGAUGGAAAAGAUGCCUCGAAUGUGCAUCCAACGAAUGAGAAUUUGACUCAUGUGAGGUGCAGGUCAGAAAAUGGCAUCAUUACUUUGGAAUUCACACGUCCCUUGAAGCCAUCAUGCAGCCAUAAUAAUGGACCAGAGUGCAAGAACAUUGUUGAUCCAACAACUCCUCUUAGAGUAAUAUGGGCAAUGGGUGCCAAGUGGACUGAUGAACAUCUUAGUGAAAGAAAUAUGCAUUCUGUCACAAGUCAAAGGCCUGUGCGGGUGCUGCUUAUGCGUGGUUCUUCAGAGGCUGAGCAAGAUCUACGACCAGUCUUAACUGUACAUGGAUAUAUGAUGUUCCUCGCUUGGGGUAUUUUGCUUCCUGGUGGAAUAUUGGCAGCUAGAUAUUUAAAACAUGUAAAAGGUGAUGGAUGGUACCAAAUUCACGUUUACCUACAGUAUUCAGGAUUAGCAAUUGUCCUACUUGCCCUUCUUUUUGCGGUUGUUGAACUUCGAGGUUUCUAUGUCAGCUCGUUACAUGUUAAAUUUGGGAUUACUGCCAUAUUUUUGGCCUGUGUGCAACCAGUAAAUGCAUUUCUCAGGCCUGAGAAACCUGCUAAUGGGGAGGAGGUUUCCUCAAAGAGGCUUCUUUGGGAGUAUUUCCAUGUAAUUGUUGGCAGAGGUGCUAUUGUUGUAGGAAUCGCAGCACUUUACAGUGGAAUGAAGCAUUUAGGAGAAAGAUAUGGGGGGGAAAAUGUUCAUGGACUUAGCUGGGCUUUGAUUAUAUGGUUCAUGAUAGGUGCAUUGAUGAUCAUUUAUUUGGAGUAUCGUGAAAGACAGCGAAGGAGGGACAGACUAAUAGGAAGGGGCAACUGGGUCUUGGGUAACGUUGAAGAAGAAGAAGAUUCUGUGGAUCUUUUAAGCCCUAACAGGGCUCUGACACAAAAAGGUUCACAGAAUUCCGGACUAAUGGAAGUUCAGUUAGAGCCAUUAAGCAGAUAGAUUGGUUUGUUACAUUUUUUUUGUUUUGAUAUAAAAGCAUCAUUCUUCACCCGUUUCGAAAGUUUCCUACCAACCAACAUGGAGGUUAGCAGAGCUGUUUAUUUUCUCGGACGGCUUUCCCCAAUGUAAGGAGCGCUUUACUCUAUGAUAAUUUUUUCUGCCUCCAACCACUUUUUGUGAAGAGCAAUUUCUAUACAGCAUGUAUUUUGUAUAUUUGAUACACUUUUUAGCAUAGUGGAAGGUUAUAUUGAUUUAUCAACCUCAUUUCUCUAGAUUGAAACAGAUCUUUCAUUUUUUAA